ACUCCAUCACUACAGCCGUGUAUGUGGACCAUUUUUUAAAACCACACCUCAAGCCUUAACAGUGAAAGAAAAUGUCCGUGUUGCCUCAGGUGGUGUGGCACACAGGUUCUUCUCUGGGUGAAGAUGCUGAGAAGAGUCCAGACCAACCAGAGUGCUCCAUUUGCUUCAACUCCUAUGACAACAUCUUCAAGACCCCCAAAGUCUUGGAGUGCACCCACACCUUCUGCUUGGAGUGCCUCGCCAGGCUGCUGUCUGCCGUGUCUACGGAGCAGAGCACCGGACACAUCCCCUGCCCUUUCUGCAGGCAUCUCACCACCAUCCCAGAGAAAGGGCCACCCGCACUCACCACCAGCCAAGAAGUCCUCUGCAAGCUCCCAGCCCACCUUCAGCAGGAGGAGCCGGUCUGGAUGGAAGGAGCCAUGCUGUGCUACAAGAAGUCCCCUGACUCCAGCACCUCUGACUUCUGUAUCUGCAUAGACAUUGGGAUUACAAAGGCAGAGAGCGCUGCGGAAACGGCCCCGGCACCCUCUCGUGGCUUCCUGUCACGCUGCGGUUUGCUGAACGACUGGAAGAGGUUGCUCCUCUUCAUCAUACUCAUGAUCAUGCUGGUGUGCAUCAUACUGUGGCCCCUGCAGUGCGUCUUUACUACGGGAAGCCUUAGAUGCUUUAGCAAGUCAAACGCAUCCCUAAAUAGUGUGACAACUAUUCAUCCCACCAGGAACUGAAACCACUGUAGUGCUCAGCCAGUCGGACACUCUGCAUGCGCUUCAAUGCAAUGCACCGCUUUUACUUGUGGGAGUGAUUAGAAUAUUUGGUAUGUAAGGUUUAGAAACCUGAAGCUGACCUGAUGCAUUACUUUAUUGAAUGACAGGUCGUUUCCAGCACGCUGUUUUGUGUGUGUCUGUCUAUAUAUACUAGAAAACCACCCCAGAGUAUUUGCAAUUCUAUAGAAGCUAUGCAGUGUCAUACAUUUAUGGUUGUUUCCCACUGGGUGUAGCUUUUGAUAUCCUAUAGCUAUGGCUAAAGGUUUUGUAUCGCGUAGAAUUGUAGGAUUGAGACAUAAUUUAAAAAACAAACAAACAAAAAAAAACUGUAUGAACAUAAUUUAGGUAUUUUACUUAACAUAAAAUGUAAUCAAAGAAACGACACAAAUAAGUCUCGUAGAAGCCAUAAUGCUAGUACAGUAUUUCCUGUAUUAAGUAUAUGGGAAAACUACAAAGCAGAAUGCAGUUCAAUAUGUUAACGUAACAUUGGUACUGCUAAAAGUUUACUUUUUUAUUGAACAAAAUGUUUGCUCUUUAUUGUUGACUCCAGAUGGUGGUGAUUUCUGUGUUUAACCAAAUGGUUCUUGCACAGUGCAGGCACACAACACACUGGUCUAUGCAAAAGCCAAAGAACAUUAAUAAUCUAUGCAUCAGAAUGAACUAUUACUAGCAUCCAGUAACAAUAUAUAGCAUGCUGUAACAUCUUGAGCAUUCAGUGUAUGUGCCUGUACCCAAAACGACACAGGCUAUGGUAAAAUGUAGUUGUAAUAUAUUCUAUUUAAAAUGGGGUUUGAAUGCUGUGUUGAUGCAAACCAAAAUACUGUGCACAUACGAUUUCCCUGUUCUAAGCCAGCAUUCAAUCAAAUUGCCUUAUCACUGAUGUAUUUUCAUCAAAGGGAUUACCGGAUGAAUUCAGAGUCUUGAAGUUAAAUUGGAGUGAACAGUAGUGUAAUUACCAGCUGGUUUCACACACUUGUUUAACUAAAAUAAGAGGCUGUGGAACCAGCCACAGUGUAAGUGUGUGUUGGGAAGGAAUGUUAAAUGAUGCAUUUAUUAUGAGUGCAAUAAUACCAGGAAAGGCUGUUAACUUCACUAAUGCAGUUCUAUGAGUUCUUAUACAGUAAUCAUUCCAAUGUAUUGCCAGUUGUCAUUAUGUACAAUUUAUUUUCUAUUGCAGAAAUCAUAGCUACAUAUAUACUGCAUAAGUAAAUCAGAUGUAAAGAAUACUGGGAAGUGAUCAUCAUGAUUUUAAAGACAGGUGAAGUGUUUGACCUGUUUUGUUGAGAUAAUGGAGCCCAAGUGCUGUUUCUUAUUGUAAGGAUUUGGUACUCCACAUAGUCCCGUUUAAGAGGGCUAACCAAUGCUUUGAAAUCCAUUUGUACCCCUCUAGUAUUGUCUCUGACAUCUUUUCAUCGUCUGCAUUGUUCCAACCCUGUUCUGAAUUGUUUAAUUUGACCAAUUAAACCCCCACCCAGACCUUGAAGUAUUUUUUUAAGUAGUUUAACGUGGGUCUUUCUCCUCCUUUUUAGAGUUAAAAAUGUGCACUGUCGCCUGAAAUGUGUGCACCAAGCACACCCAAGCAGAGCAUAACAGAUACAAUAACAAACAUUACGACACAGUUUUAGUACUUGCAUGCAGUAAUACAAAACAGUGUUUUAACAUGUCACUGUAAAUAGUGUCAUAUUCCAUAAUGAAAAAAAUGUAAGGCCAUAAAUGUAUAUUUUGUAGAUUGUAAAUGUCAUUGUUAUGGUACUGUAUUUUUGCAUUUUGAUAU